CUGUGUGUGUUGUGAUUUAAUACAUUCUGUUCUGUUUUCAUGUUCCUCUGAAGAUUCCUCUAUUAUCGUCAUCAUCAUCAUCAUCUCUGUGAUUGUGUGUGUUGUUCUGCUACUGAUUGGAGGAUUAAUCCUGGUCUACAGAUGCAUGAAAGCACGAGGUUUUGCCACUUCAUUAAACAGAAGAGCUGUUGGAAGCAACUCUGAAAUUUCUCCAACCUACGAAGAGAUCAGAGACACCAGACUUCAGUCAGACUUAGAGACAACUCAUCUUUAUGAUACUAUUCAGCAGCCCCCAGCUCGCUCAGAUCCUCUAAAAUCUGUAUACGUUACUGCUCAACUACCCAAAACUCAAUCUGAUCCCCUAAAAUCUGUAUACGCCACUGCUCAACUACCCAAAACUCAAUCUGAUCCUCUAAAAUCUGUAUACGUUACUGCUCAACUACCCAAAACUCAUUCUGAUCCUCUAAAAUCUGUAUACGCCACUGCUCAACUACCCAAAACUCAAUCUGAUCCUCUAAAAUCUGUAUAUGUUACUGCUCAACUACCCAAAACUCCAUCCGAACCUCCAAACGCUGUGUACGCUACUGCCCAACUGCCGAAAAAUGAAUCUGAUACCCUAAAAUCUGUAUAUGUUACUGCUCAACUACCCACAACCCCCUCAGAACCUCCAAAUGCUGUAUACGCUACUGCCCAACUGGCGAAAAAUCAAUCUGAUCCCCUAAAAUCUGUAUAUGUUACUGCUCAACUACCCACAACCCCCUCAGAACCUCCAAACGCUGUGUAGACCAUCACCCAACUACCCAAAACUCAUUCUGAUCCUCUAAAAUCUGUAUACGCCACUGCUCAACUACCCAAACUCUCUCAGAACCUUCAAACACUGUGUAGACCAUCACCCAACUACCCACAACCCCCUCAGAUCCUCUAAAAUAUGCAUACAUCAUUGCUCAACUACCUAAAACUCCUUCUGAUCCCCCUAAUGCCACUGCCCAACUACACACAACUUCCUCAGAACAUACAAACGCUGUAUACGCCAUUGCCCAACCUCCCAAAACUCCCUCAGAACCUCUAAACACCAUGUAAACCACCGCCAACCUCCCAAAACUCCCUCAGAACCUCUAAACACCAUGUAAACCACCGCCCAACACUGUGUACGCAUUGUUCAACUACCCAAAACUACCCACUGAUCAUCUAAAAUCUGUAUACACCACUACUUAACUACCUAAAACUCCUUCUAACACCACUGCCCAACUACCCACAACUUCCUAAGAACCUUUAAACUCUGAGUACUCAACUGCCCAACUACCCACAACCCUCUCAGAACCUCCAAAUGCUAAGUACGCCACUGCCUAACUAACCAAAACCCUCUCAGAACCUCCAAACACCAUGUAAACCACCGCCCAACGCUGUGUACGCAUUGCUCAACUACCCAAAACCCCCACUGAGCCACUAAAAUCUGUAUACACCACUACUUAACUACCUAAAACUCCUUCUGAUCCCCCUAUCGCCACUGCCCAACUACCCACAACACCUUCAAAACCUCCAAACACUGUGUGCUCCAGUGAUUUUAAAAGGGUGAGCGAAUAUUUCUGGCAAUACAGUCAAUAUAGUGUAUGGUUUAUUCUGUGUACAGAAUUCAAUCCAUUUAAAAGCCAAAAAACAAAUGCUGACGCUUUAAUAUACAUGUAUGGCUUAAAUGUACAGUCCCAACUUUACCAAUGCUGCCCUCUAGUGGCAGAUAUGCAGCUUAACAGUUACUGAGAAGAUGGAAAUGUUCCUAAUUUAAUCCACAACAAAUCGUUUAAGUGUGUUGUGUUAAAGAGUCGACCUUAAAAAGUAUUGUUGUUAGAUGGGAAGAUUAGAUAUGAGAUACGUGUCAUGAGAUACAUUUACUUUCUCAGGUUCUUUCUGGUUAAGAUCUAAUUUUGAAGUUACUGGUGAGUAGAAUUUUUA